AGAUUUGGAGGUGGAGUGAUUAGUGUUGGGUCGUGUGAUCAUCGCGUUGGCUGAUGAAUAUCUCAACACUGCAUCUGCAUGAUAGGCGAAUCAUUUUGAUUUCAUGACUUAUCUAUUUUAUGGGGAGUUAUUGAUCAUAGAUUGACUUGACAUUUUUUUGCUAAUUGGGUCAUACGAACUUUUGCCAAGAGCAGUGUCAUUUUGUUCAUGAUACCAUUUUCUAGAUGCACACUUUUGGUGGUCAGAUAUAUCGUUCAUUGUCGACUGGGUUUGGAAAGAACUACUCGAACCGCGCGACUCAGGUUUCUUUUGAAGCCGACCUACGGGACUGUGAUAAGAUUCGAAUUUUGAAGCAUUCAUUUUACCGUCCACAAUGAGGUUAAUGGCAAGAAAUAUCGCCCUGUUAAUAGUGGUGUCUGGCAUCCUAACACAUUGCUACGGUUACAUUGGACAGCAUAUUCAGCACCAGAUGCGAGACUCCGAGUCGGUGAUGCAUUGGUAUGGUGCGGAUAUCAAGGAAAGGCAAGAAAGAUCAGCACAAUCACCAGAUGAUCUACGAGAAUUGUGUGAGGAAUUGGGUUAUUACAUCAAGCCAGAGACGUGCAGGGUGUCGACCUUGAAGAAUUAUCCAUCUGCCGAUGGCUCAUGUAACAAUCUCCUGCAUCCAUCAUGGGGCAAGGCAGGCAUCCCACUCAGGAGAUAUCUGCCAUCAGAAUACGGAGAUGGGAUUGGAUCCUUGCAUGAAGCUGAAGGAGGUAGGAAAUUACCAAGUACAAGAAAAAUAUCGAACAUCGUCGUUGGAAACAACUCCGUCCUAGUCCCACGGCUUAACGCUAUGGCAAUGCAGUUUGGACAACUGGUUGACCAUGACGUGGGCCACGCGCCAAUUCACCCAAAUAUGUGUGGUUGUGAGACAAAAGAAAACUGCAUCCCUAUCGAGGUGCCAGCCGAUGAUCCAAUCUUCCGUAUCCGCUGCAUCCCCCUCUCCCGCUCCAAGACCGUUCCAGGACCAGAAUGUGAUGUAGACAAGCUAUGGGAACAAAUGAAUCAGAUCACAGCGUUCAUCGAUGGGUCCAUUCUAUACGGAUCGUCGGCCAGUGUACAGGCCGAUCUCCGAGCUCCUGGAGGUCUCUUGAGAUUUCGUCAGAACCCAUUUGACGAAUCCCUCAAGCCAUUCUUGCCAGACGAUGAAGAAAACGUUCAAUGUAAUGGUCGAGAUUCUGAGUUUCCCUGUGGUAAGGCCGGUGAUAAACGUGCCGCGAUUCAACCAGGGCAAUCCGCACUUCACACUAUCUUCAUGCGGUACCACAACCAAAUCGCCGAGCAACUCAGUAAGAUGAAUUCGCACUGGGAUGGAGAACAAGUCUUCCUUGAAACCCGGAAGAUCGUCACCUCGAUUCUCCAGCACAUAACGUACAACGAAUAUCUACCGGUAACGCUCGGCGCUGACCUCAUGAAGGAACAUCGGUUAACCGUCGGUAGUGGUAAUCCUUACCGCGGUUACCGGUCAGGACUCGAUCCUAGCAUGCCGAACAUUUUCGCCACUGCAGCAUUCCGGAUGGGACACAGUCAGAUCUCUUCCAACAUGACCCGCGUGAACGUCCAUUACAUAGAGGUGUACGAUCCCAUUCAGCUGCGUUUAGCAUUCUUCAACGGGAGCGCAAUACAUGACGUUCAAAAUGGCGGCACAGAUAGCAUUGUACUUGGAAUGCUGGUCGAACCACUGGAGAAGAUAGAUCGGUUCUUUAGUGAAGACAUCACGCGGUUCUUGUUUGCCGAUCCACUCAACAGCUUUGGGUUGGACUUGGUAGCCAUCAACACACAACGCGGUCGAGACCAUGGACUCCCUGGAUAUAAAAAAUGGCGUACAUUCUGUGAUCUCCCAGAUGUCUCGUCUUUUCACGAACUCUCCGAUGUGAUGGCGCCGGACACCAUCGAUGCUUUGAAGAGAGCGUACACACAUGUUGAUGACAUCGAUGCAUUUAUCGGAAUGGUGGCCGAAGAGCCCAUCGACGGUGCUCUCGUUGGUCCAACAGUGGGUUGCAUUCUGGGAAAGCAUUUCUACAAUCUCAAAUUCGGCGAUCGUUUCUGGUACGAGAAUCCGACCGGUACGGUUCUCACACCAAAUCAAAGGGAUUCUAUUCGUCGGAUGACGCUGGCUAGGGUAAUCUGUGAAACCUUGGAUGACAUCGACACUAUUCAACCAUUUGUAUUUCAUGUUGCCGAUAAAAAACAAGGGGGCAUCGAGUCCUUUGCCGAUUACAGCGCCACACACGAUUAUCCGGACGAAACAGGAGGAAUUCCUGGUUUCAGCAACGCACGUGUGAGCUGUAAGGACUUAAAUUCCAUACCACGUCUGGACUUAAAUCCCUGGAUGGAGAUCAAGGAAACAUCUAACUGUGGAUCUUCUAAGAGAGAAGAGAAGAAAGAUAACUAGAAUGUUUUCCGUAUUUGGUUAUCGAGAUGAUUAUGUAAAAGAAAUCAAGUACUAAUAAAAAGUACAGACACGCCUUCGAAUCUAAUUCAUUUUAUGGUAUGGUAACAUAAUGGUUUAUCUAUUUUCAAUCAUUUUAAGAUAAGGUACAAUGAUUAGUGACGUGCCAUAAUUAAUGUAAUUUUGUUUGAUUCAAUAUUGGUUUUGUGGUAAACAGGGUGAUUCUUUAAACUACGUCAGAUCACGUGACAAACUUAAAAUUAAUCAAGUUAAUGGUGCCUUUUCGGCGUGACAUGAUAAAUAACAUGUUUAACAACAUUUAGGAAAUUUAAUCUCGUAAAUCAACACACGUAAUUUCCAAUUUCUCUAACAUAAAGAGAAGAUAAUGUCCUGUAUGAUCAAGAUUCUUGGUAUGUGGAUUAUGUAAAUUAUAAGAAGCGAUGACUUUACACAUUAUUGAUUUAGAUGGCGGUUCAUGGCGGUUCUCAAAACGACGUGAAUCGUGUACGUACAGAAUCGGCGCGGCAGUAAUACCCCCCCCCCCUUUAUUGCGGAAGGAAAAAUGGUAAAUUGACCCAAAAGUUGCUGUGAUGUCAGACAUAUUGAUUUCAUAUUUGAUUUUCUCCCAGUAAAAAGCUAUAUUUAAUACAUGAUAUUGCAUACGAGUCCACACUAUGCCAUUAAGCUCCCAAAUUCAAGAAUUGGGAAGCUAUUAAGACAAAAAUGACAUACUUUCAUGCUUUUUUAAGCGAAUUCAAGGCUGCCAUAAAUAUUAAAUCGCUAAUGAUCAUGAUGAUGACGGCCCUCGGUUGAUGUUCAGGAUUUAUGAAAAUGAUAAGAGAUGAUUUUCUUAUAAUACAUUAUAGUUAUAUGCCUUACCA